AUGGGAGUAUGGUACUGGCUGAGUUUGGUACCAUGGUUCUUCGGAGCUGGCCACGUCCAGGAAGCUGGGUGCAAGGAACUUCCGGUAGAGCUUCUGGACCCACUUGCUCUGCUGCAGCUUGACACAGCCAUCCAACCCAGCUUCUCAAACAACUCCUCGCUAUCACACCAAGCGCUUUCGCUUUCUGUCAAGGCAGUCACGAACGCGGAUGGUGGGGUCCGUGAGAGCUUUGAGUUACAGAGUCCGUUGGUUCGAAUCCCGCUCUUGUGCCUGGCUUUCAUGCUUGCGCAUGGUUGGCUUUUCCGUUCCUGGAAAUCCAUCUUCCUACUCAUCAUCCCUCUUGGAUUGAUGAGCAUUCCAGCGUUCCUUGGUGUAGCUGCGGAUGAUAAGGAUCGGGGAUUUUUCAUUGCAAAGACUUGCAGCGUCGCAGCGUUUAUGGAACUGAUGACGGCCUUGUGCGUGGCAUGUGCUUCAGAAGAAGAUGCCUGGCCCUUCAAUGGCUUUGUCCAUCGUUUCUGUGCCCGUCACCUUAAAGGUCGUAACUGGCCGUUGGUGGUUCUUUACCUGGGGCUAAGUGUGAACAUACUCGAGGCGGUGCUUCAGGAUUUAGCGUUUCAGCACACCUUGAAUGCCAUUACAGGCCUCUGUCUGGUGGCAAGUACUCCCUUACCUGGAGCUGGGAUAUUUCCAUAUCCCAUAGACCUGAUCCGAAAGUAUGAUAUGGCCACGCAGUCAGACCUUCAGGGUCUAGACUUGUCCGAUGAGGACUUGCAGUCCCGGAUUUCAGACUGGUACGUGGUGUUGAUGCAGAGACGAGGUGGACACAGCGUUUUUGGUGAUCUUUGCUGCCGACUGCCCAUAUCCUGGAUAUGGUUGUACACCUCCUGGAAUGCUUGCUUUAUGUUUGAUAACUCAAUUCUUAACGACUGGACUUUGGCUGUUCUGUUGGUGCCGCUCUUUGAGAGCCAACGGAUAUUUUGCGUGUUGCAAUGCAAUGGCAUAGCUCUGGAUGGCUGGGUGAACUCGCACUGGCUUCAGGCAAGAGCCUUCAGCCUCUGGUUGUGGUUUGUCGUUGAUGGUCUUGCUCACAAGUUGUUUGUUCAUCCCACAAGUAUAGCAGACUGGUUUCAGCUAACGGCGGAGGAUGAAGUCACCCUUCGCCACUACUGGGGUUCCUUGAACCUUGCCUGGGGAGUCUUGCACCUCGCGUGGUUCUGGCAUCGUGCAUACCGACUUAGCCAAGCUAGGGCUGAGGAGUGCAACGAGGCAAAGAGGCCGGCGAGCCGCUGA